AAGUGUAUGUGAAUUCUGGAAAGAACUAAGAUGCAUCUACACUGCAGAAUCAGUGCAGUUUGGCACUACUUGAAUUGCCAUGGCUCAAAGCUAUGGGGUCCUAGGAGCUGUAGUUUGGUAAGGGACCAUUGACUUUGGGAGAAAAGGAUAAAGACUUUGAAAAAAAUUCCAUAACUUUGGUCCACGGCAUUUAAAAUGUGGGCCAAACUGUAUCAUAGUUCACAGCUAAUGUGAUGUCAAACUGGAUCAAACCGACAGAACUGAAAGUGACCACAAGGGCCAUCCAGUCCAAGCUCUUUGUGUGCACAAUACUAAUCUGUCAUGCUAAUAGACUGCAAAGAUGGGCUGUAUCCCACAUUCUGCAAGCCUUGGCUGCCCAAAAUAAGUGGUUGUGGUCAGAGAGCCCAAUGACCAGAACAUUGUGUGUCUUCUCCCAAAAGAGACAAUGACCUGCCCCAGCUGAUUCAUUGAGGUCUCAGAUAAAACAAGUAGAUAAUAGUGUUGACAUAAGGCAGCAGGAUUCAAUACCAGCUGUCUAAGGUGCAGGACAUGGCACAACGAGAAGACCCCUCGGGCCUGGCCUUGGCAUCCGGGAGGGUUUAUAUUCCAGGCUGCUCCUCCCUGGCCAAGGACUCCAGCAGCCAUGAAGAGCCACCACGUUGCCCUGCUGCUCCUGGGCUUCUUCACCCUCGGGACAGAGCCCAUUGAGGCCACACUCAGGAGAAGGAUAGGCAAAAUGGAAGCACAUGAUAAGCCACCCACACUUUCCCUGGCAACCUUCCAAGAUAUCUGCCUCUUUCCACCUGAAGAAGGACACUGUAGAGGAAACAUGCCCCGAUUCUUCUUCAACUCGACCUCAAGGAGGUGUGAGAAAUUCAUUUAUGGUGGAUGCAGUGGAAAUGGGAACAACUUUGAGACACGGGAGGAAUGUCACCAGGUCUGCUCACGCCGAGGUGUCCAUCACCAUCAUGAAACAGACGCACAUAAUGAACAACCAGCACUUUCCAUGGCAACCUUCCAAGAUAUCUGCCUCUUUCCACCUGAAGAAGGACACUGUAGAGGAAACAUGCCCCGAUUCUUCUUCAACUCGACCUCGUGGAAGUGUGAGAAAUUCAUUUAUGGUGGAUGCAGUGGAAAUGGGAACAACUUUGAGACACGGGAGGAAUGUCUCCAGGUCUGCUCACACCGAGGGCUCCUUAAACCUGGUGAUUGCCCAAGAAGAAGGCUUCCUGGGCUUCCUCGGCCUACCCAGGCCUACUGCAUAGAGGGUGGGCCCUGUCCAGGAGAAGAGCAGUGUUGUCCCAUCGGCAACAUCAGGAAAUGUGUCCUUCCUGUUGGAGUACAUCCUGGUUUUUGCCCCAGGAGAGAUGAUGCCACAGUCUUCACAAAGCACUGUUCGUGGGACUUGGAUUGUACCUUGGAUGAGAAGUGUUGCCCCAGUGAAGGACAGAGAAGAUGCACCAAAGCCUUGCCAGCCAACCCUGGCCUUUGUCCCAAGAAGAGGCUCUCACGGGUGUCCAGCCCCUGUGAAGGCAAAUGCAGGGAUGACCAGGCUUGUCCCAAGGGGCAAAAGUGCUGCUUUGUCGACUGUGGGCUGAAGUGUGUCCGCCCAGAGAGCCAUCACAGUAGAGAGCGAGUGGAGCUGCAUCAGGACCGGGACCUUCCCUCACUGGAAGCAGGGCACAAAGAUCUCUGUCUACUUCCUCCUAAUCAAGGAGACUGUUAUGCCUACAUGCCCCGAUUCUUCUAUAAUUCAACCUCUGGGAAGUGUGAGAAAUUCAUUUAUGGAGGAUGUGGAGGAAAUGAGAACAACUUUAUGACACGGGAGGAAUGUUACUAUGCCUGCAUUGGCACAGCAUUGUCCAAACCUGGCAACUGCCCAAGCAGGACAGAUCCUGCUCUUCCAAGGUCCUCCAAGGCCUACUGUGCAAAAGAUGCAACUUGCCCAGGAGAUCAGAAGUGCUGUCACGUUGGAAAUAUCAAGAAAUGUGUCCUCCCUGAUGGAGUACAUCCUGGCUAUUGCCCCAGAAGAGAUGAUGUUGCAGCCCCCUCAAAGCACUGCUCAUGGGACUCAGAUUGCGCCAUGGCUGAGAAGUGUUGCCCCAACGAAGGACACAAAAGGUGCACCAGAGCCAUACCAGAGAAUCCUGGCCUUUGCCCCAAAAGAAGUCUCCCACUGGAGUUUUUUCCAUGUAGAGAAGAUUGCAAGGAUGACCGGUCGUGUUCCAGGGGGAAGAAGUGCUGCUUUGUUGGCUGUGGCCUGAGAUGCAUUGUUCCAAAGAUUUAUCACAGUGUGGAGUGGGUGGAGCUGGAUCAGGACCAUGCUCUCGCCUUGCCAGUUCACACAGAUUUCUGCCAGCUUCCUAGUGCCUCUGGCACUUGCGAUGCCCCCUCCGUCCUCCGUGUCUUCUACAACUCGCAGGCCGGGAGGUGUGAGAGAUUUCCUUACAAAGGCUGCGGAGGCAACAAGAACAACUUUGCAACACAGCUGGAGUGUCUCCGGAACUGCUCCAACCCAGGAAUCUGCCGGCUCCCGAUGGAUCAAGGAAUGGGCGAUGCCCUGAGACAUCGCUACUUCUACAACUCCAGCUCCAGGACCUGUGAGCGCUUCUUCUACCGAGGACACCGGGGCAACGCCAACAACUUCUGGGAGGAAGAAGAUUGCCGCCAGUUCUGUGGAUCCCGUGCUUCCUAAACCAACAGAAAUAACCUCCUGAAGGAAGAACAGAGAGGACUCAAAACUCCUGGAAGUUAUUCCUGGACCCUCCCUGGAGUAGGAAGAGGCCACCAGUCCUGCAUGUCAGCAUCUUCCAUCCAUCUUUGUGUCCUUCCAUCGUCACCAUCUUGCUCUGUCUCUCUUCUUCCAUCUUCUUCCAUCUCAGACUUCCAUCUCAGCUCAGCUUAGCUUCCCCGUUCCGUCAUCCUGUCUGACCUUUCCCCUAAACCUUCUCACCCUCUACUUUUUUCACUAAUCUCUCCAAUUAUCUCUUUGAGAAGCCCGCUUUGGCACAGACAACAGUUGCAGACCUUUCUAUAUUUCUUCUUUCCUGUUUUUAAGCCUCCUUCCUACCUUCUUCUUUCUGUGUUGUCAAAGGAUUACAUGGCCAGAAUCACUGGGUUGUUGUUCAUCACUGGCCAUGUUCCAGAAGCAUUCUCUCCUGAUGUUUCACACACAUCUAUGGCAGGCAUCCUCAGACGUUGUGAGGUAUAUUGGAAACUAGUUAAGGGAGGUUUAUAUAUCUGUGGAAGGCCCAAUGUGGGAGGAAUAACUCUUGUCUGUUGGAGGCCAGUGUGAAUGUUCUAAUUAAUCACCUUGAUUAGCAUUAACGGAUUUCCCCAGACAGGAAGAAGCUGUCGAGAAACAGUUAAAUUGAGACACAUUCACCUUCCGUCUCAAUUUACCUUCUCCUCUGAUGAACUGGCUAUCUGCACAGUCCCACAGAAAUAAACACACACUUCCUAGCUGAAACCAGUGGCUCUUUAUUUAUUGAGUUAAUUUACACUAUUUACAUAGUCUUGCCAGAGCAUAGCAAUCAAGCACCCAACCUCGAUCCGGAAAUCGCUCACUGUUUCCCUCUAGCAAUAAAUCUCUACUCUAUGCAUUUAACUCUUACAUUACUGGAAUGUGCAUUACAGGCACACAUAAUCAGUUUGCUUUAAACCAUAAGUGAAAUUUCACAACUACACAAAACCAUACCUUAUCAGAAGCCAAGCCUUGAAGCUGGCAAGGCCAUUAAUACUAAUCAAGGUGAUUAAUUACGAUAUUCACACCGGCCUCCAGCAGACAAAAGUUCUUUCUCUCACCCUGGACAUCAAUCCACAGAUAUAUAAACUCCACUCAUCUAGUUUGCAACAGACCUCACGACCUCUGAGGAUGCCUGCCAUAGAUGUGGGUGAAACAUCAGGACAGAAUGCUUCUGGAACAUGGCCAAUGGCUAUACAGCCCAGAAAACUCACAGCAACCCACUUCUUCUUUCUGUUCAGUCUAAACUUAGGGUGCAUCAACGCUCUUUUUCUGCCAUAAAUCCCUGCCAUAGGAUUUCUGGAAGUUGUCCUUUGGCAAGGCACCUGCGCUGUUUGGCAGUGAAAGCUAAAGGCCUUGUAAGACUACGUUGUGUAACUUAGAGCCAUGGCAAUUCAAACAAUGUCAAACCGUGUUCAUUCUAUAGUGAAGAUGCACCCUUAGACUGUAAUCUUCUUGGGAUGGAGACCUGCCUUAUUCUCAUGUUUCUCACUGUAUAGGAUAUUACACAAAUGAUAAAAAUCAUCAUUUCACAGUAAA